AUGAGUUCUCACGCUAAUUCUUACGCAAACAACGGAUCGACUUUCGAGUUUAAAGUUCAAUUCGCGGCCAUAGAGCAGGCCCCGAUUGAGGCCCUAGAUUUGAUCAAUUGGAAUGAGCCAAUGGAUCAUAGUGGAUGGACAGACCAUAACGGACAAUUCUCCGAACCACAGGUUCAAGACACGCCAAGAGGGCAGGCUUUCGCUGAGGAAAGCAAUCGAUCGUCAGAUCAAGAAACGAUGGACCACAGCGGAUUGGACCCAUGGCCG